GGCCGCUGUUCCCUCUAUCCGCACUGUCGCCUGCUAACUCCGGUUUAACGUAUGCUUCUCCCUUCGUCUGGUUUAGUUUUAGUUUUUGUUUGUGGCUGUGGUUGUAGUUGUAGUUGUUUUUGCGAUUGCGUAGCAGGAAAUAGGUGAGGAGGGCUAGGAAAGCGAGGAAGAUGACGCUGCUGAUGGAUAUUCCUGCUAUGGCGCCGGGGAAGAGGCUUGAGGAGGGAGAGGGAGAUGGAGUGGUAGAGGAUGAGGAUAUGGGUGAGGAGUCUAUUUUUGACGAUGUUUCGGAAGAAGAUGAAAAUGUUACUAAUAAAGAUGAGGUACUGGAUGAAGAAGCCGAGAAGCUGAUGAAGCUAGAAUAUAUUUCCGAUGUGGGUGAAGCUAUUGCCGAUCGAGCGGAUGGAGCUGGAGCUUUGAUGGUUUCAUUACUGAUACUCUUGCAUGCGGCAUCGUUGCAGCAGUUCCAUUGGCUAGUUGAUGAGCUGCAGACGAUGCCGAUGGAGCCGCCUCCGUGAGUUUCGAGAUCGACUAUAGUAAAGAAGGUUAGUUGAUUUUAAUUUUGAGUCGUGAGACUAGACACGUGCUAGACGAAUAGAUGGACGGAAGAAAAUGGAGCUGAAAGAUGGAGAUCUGAUGUAUCGCA